CUGGAAUGGCGGGAAUUUCGAUCGGAGAAAAGCCCUAAAAAUUGAAUCUUUCAUUUCUCUCCUCUCCUCACUUCAAUCGCUUUACUCCAUAGAAGGUUCUUUCGCUUCUCUUCCGCAGUUUCACGAACACUCAACCUCACAAAUGGGGAGGAAGAAGAAAUCUAGGGUUCCGUCCGAUGAUGGCGAAGAAGAAGAGGGGCUACAGAACGAGAAUCACGGCAAACUUUCGGAGGAGAAGAGCUUGUACGAGCUUCUUGGUGUGGAAAAGACUGCGACUCAGCAGGAAAUAAAGAAAGCUUACCAUAAAUUGGCACUGCAACUCCAUCCGGAUAAAAACCCCGAUGAUGAGGAAGCCAAAGAGAAGUUUCAGCAACUGCAAAAGGUUAUCUCAAUUCUCGGUGAUGAAGAGAAGCGAGCCCUAUAUGAUCAGACUGGAUGUGUCGAUGAUGCUGAUCUUGCUGGGGAAGUCGUUCAGAAUUUGCACGAAUAUUUCAGAGCUGUGUACAAAAAGGUUACUGAAGCAGAUAUUGAAGAGUUUGCAGCAAACUACAGGGGAUCUGAUUCAGAAAAGAAUGAUUUAUUUGAUCUCUACAAGAAAUGCAAGGGCAACAUGCACCGGCUUUUCUGCUCAAUGAUUUGCUCAGAUCCUAAGCUAGAUUCUCAUCGGUUUAGGGAUAUGAUUGAUGAAGAAAUAGCGGCAGGAAAACUUAAGGAAACAAAGGCCUACAAGAAGUGGUCGAAGCAAAUUGCUGAAAUAAAACCGCCUACUGAUCCUCUGAGGAAUAGGGGGAAGCCAAAGAAACAGCAGUCAGAAGAUCUUCAUGCGAUAAUAUCCCAGCGGCGGAGUGAGAGGAAGGACAAGUUCGAGUCCAUGUUCUCAUCCCUUGUGAACAAGUAUGGCGGUGGGGAAGAGAAUUCUUCUGAAAUGACUGAAGAAGAGUUUGAGGCUGCACGGAAGAGGCUCGAGAGCCGAAAGUCCAGCAAGAAAUCCCGGAAGAACUAAACAUUGUGGAGUACUUGAUUCGUGAUUUUAGGAGUAUAUAGGUUUUGCUCUGGUAACUCUCAUGCCCCUGAAACCAAGCUCGGAAUCCUUGCUCUCUUCGUCUGUCAUGUUUCUCGACAUAUGCUUUAGUCAAUGACUUCUAUGGUGUCCAUAGUUUGGUUUCUUAAUUCUUCUGUUUCUUUACGAUGGUUUUGGGAUUA